UGCCAAGUAACGAAGCAAAGCGAAGGCCCCUUUAUAUUUUUCUGCUAAUGUCAAAUUCACCCGCCAAUUUUGUCAAUGCACGGGUGCAGUUGAAUAAGUAGUAAAUAUUUAAAAAGUGAUAAUAUAAACGAUUUCCCUUUAAAAUGGAUUUUCGACGCAAAUCACGUCCACGUUUAGAACGUAAACCUCAAUUCGAAAAUCUCGAAUUACAGUACCCACACAACGUUGUACUUUACCGAUUGCCACCAACGGAAGAUAUCAAAAUACAUGAAUUCGAGGACUUGGCUCUGGAACGGCUUAAAGUGCUACGUAUUCUAGAACAGGCGACAUCUAAAGGUUUACGUUUUCUGUCGGAUGAAUGGAAGGAGUCUGUUAAUACAGAGUUAACUCGCGAGGGCCUGAGAGGUUAUUUGCGACUUUGUACGAACAGUAGCACUAAUACUGCAGUGAAUAGCAACAAAUAUGAGCUGGAAUUGCAGGCAAGACGGCGUGAUUAUAUUUCGCAUUUUAUAUUGCGCUUAGCCUACUGUCGCACUGAGGAAUUAAAGCGUUGGUUCCUGACACGAGAAAUGGAACUUUUUAAAUACAAGUUUUCGUCCAUGACUAGCGCCUGUAUCAAACAUUUUCUAGAGCUGAAUGAACUAGAGUAUACUCCCUUGACUGAGGCACAAAAAGACGCAGUUAAAGAUGGACUUUAUGAAAGUACAGUUGGACAGAGUGUAUCCAAAAUUGAAUUACUCGACUUUUACAAAGUGCCAUUUACACAAGUAUUGGACUUGGUGCGCUUGCGACGAUGUUACUUGAAGGAUGGUUUUGCAUAUGUCAACACGCAUGACUUUGUUUCCGUUAUUGCGGUCAUUCAGCUAAACGAAAUAGAACAUGGUUUGCAAUCGGCACAGAAACUUAUACGCGAGGUGGAGACAGAUGAGCGUAUCUUUCACUUGCUUAAAUCGUUACAUACUUCAUACACGGGGAAAGACUAUGCGCUUAGCAAGGAAGGCAAUGUGUCGAUUGAAUCAUUAGACCAACUUUCGAAAAAGUCAUUCCCGAUCUGCAUGCGCACUUGCCACGAACACUUGCGCACACAUCACCAUCUUAAACAUGGCGGUCGGAUGCAAUACGGUCUUUUUCUGAAAGGCAUCGGUGUAACGUUGGAGGAUAGUCUUCGUUUUUUCCGUGAGGAAUUUACCAAGAAAAUCGAUGCUGAACAGUUCGCAAAACGUUAUGAGUAUAAUAUUUAUCAUAAUUAUGGCAAAAAGGGUUCAAUGAUCAGCUAUACACCCUACUCUUGCCUCAAGAUAAUUCAAGAAAACCCAGUUCAAGAUGAUUGUCGCGGCUGUCCAUAUAAAUCAAGUGAGCCUAGUAUAUUGAAAAUGAAACUCGCAUCAUAUGGUUUAUCUGCUGCACACGUUCAAGAGGUUAUGAACUAUGUAUCAAAAGGUCACUAUCAGCUAGCGUGUGGAAAAUAUUUCCAAAUAAUACACGAAUCUCCUAUAGAGAUGGCCAUUAACCAUCCCAAUCAGUACUUUGAAGAAAGUCAAAAUCUGAUGGGAAAUCGGGUAGCCAAGAAAACAGUAAAUGCCGCGCAGCGUAAAUCGAUGAAGCGCGGUGCGAAUGACAUUACAAAUGUAAUGAAUGCUGACGAAGAUGAUGAACUGUGGAACAUUGCUGAAACUCAAGAGAGCACUUACAUUAGCCAAGCUGCCGAGAAAAGCGCCUGGGAUGAAGAUCUUGACCUAACAGCUAUCGAUUGUUAACGAGCAAAAUAUAAGAAUUAAGAUAUUUAUUAAAGCGUAUACUAUACCCCGUACGAAUUAUAACUUAGAUUCAAAUCCAAUAUUUUCAGCAUUUUGGUUACCAAAUCUCAAAUUACUUAUUAAAUUAGUCUGUAUAAUGCUCUACGGAAUACAAUAUUAGAAUGAUCUUACAAAA